UCUGUCCAGCGUUCAUUCACUAUGAUGCGCGCCUAGUUGAAGGAGCCUCUCCACACUGCAUGCCUAAAACUUUCUAAUGAAACCCCCAAACACUUUUUGACAAACAUUAUUUUUUCCUCUAAGCUUUAAGAGGGUUUUCGACAAAUAAAUCCGCGUUUUUAUUGAAAGGAAAACUUAAGAAUAUGGAGCCCAGUUCCACAGAGGGAGGAGCUGAAGAGAAGCUCCUUAAAAAUCAUCCACCAAGUCCUCCUCACAAAGUGAUACUGAAACAUGGCCAAGAGCUGGAGGAAGAGCAGGAGGAGUUGGCCGAGCAUCAACCUCUAGAGCAGGAAGACCUCAACUUUGAGAGAUGGAAGCGCAGGCCGAUCCCCAAGAGGACGCUCCACCAGAAGAUAGACGACCUGAAGAAAUACCUGUGGAAUGCAGAGACCAACGAAUUCAUGGGCCGCUCUGGGAAGAGCUGGAGCCUCAUCCUCCUCUUCUACUCUGCACUUUAUCUGUUUCUUGCAGCCAUGUUUGGCGGCUGUAUGUUUUGCCUCAUGUGGUCUAUUAGUCCCUACCACCCCACCUACAAUGAUAGAGUGAUGCCACCAGGUAUGACGAUGGCCCCGCACCUAGAAGGCCAUGAGAUUGCUUUUAAUGCAUCUGAUCGCAAAUCCUGGAAGAAGUAUGUCAGGUCUAUGGAGGAAUAUCUAAGACCGUACAACGAUGGUGCACAGGAGAGGAAGAAUAUUCUCUGCGCACAGGACACAUACUUCAUGCAGGACCACCUGGAGGAGAGCGAAGAACGGAAAGCGUGCCAGUUUAAGCGGUCCUGGUUGGGGCAGUGUUCAGGGCUGCAGGACAGUCACUUUGGCUAUUCUCAGGGAAGGCCAUGCAUCCUCCUUCGAAUGAAUCGGAUUCUUGGUUACUUACCUGGUGAGGGCAAACCAAUUAAUGUGACUUGUGAAGUUAAGAAAGGACCACCAGAAGCGUUGGGAGAACUCCAAUUUUUCCCUAAAAGCCUUUUUGACAUGAAGUACUAUCCGUACUAUGGGAAGCUCAGACAUGUCAAUUACUCUGCACCGGUGGUGGCUGUACGUUUUGCAGGAGUGCAGUACGACACUCACCUCCAAAUACAAUGCAAACUGAAUGGAAAGGGCAUCAUUCAUGAUUCAGUCACUGACCGCUACCUGGGCAGUGUGACCUUCUCCUUGGAUGUCGGAGCGUAACGCAAAUGUGUUGCUGUCAGCAGGAUGUCCCCGUGAACAUGAGGCAGGAAAAUCUGUACAAGAAUUAUGUUGAACCAUUAUUUUACAUGAAAUAUGUACUUUCCCUCUCUUCAUCUUUCACUUAAAUAUCCAUGUCUCCUGCUGUGAAACAAAAUCCUCAAGAAGUAGAUAUUUACUUGGUGUUGUAUCUUUGUACCUUGAGUGUGCUACUGGCACCUGCACUCACAACAAACAGUGCUGAGCACAGGACGAGCGCGUAGAGUGAGUUACAGUUCACUUCCUGAUAUUUUGUAAUGAUUAGCAAGAUUAAUCAAACUAAAUUACACACUGCCCAAUAGUUAGCAUUUCUGGCUAUGCAAAUCCAAUUAUGACGUAAAACAUUAAUAGGGAAUUAGAAAUCUUAUGUUGUCAGGUUAGAUUAUGGUUUUGUUUGCACAUUUUGUGUGUGACAAAGUGUACUAAUUUGUUUUGCAUUAUAUUUUUCACUGUAUAUUGUAAGAAUUCAAAGAACUAUCAUGCAAACACUGAAAGCAGGACUUGUACUGUACUUACACAGUAAAAAGACAUAAUAAAUGCAAAUACAUAAUUACUAUAUUUUUGUUGAGUAGAGCAGCAUUAUACAUUUAUGAUAAAGUAUCACAAACCACUUUUUCUUUUGUAAAAACAUUCGCUUUUGAAAAUGAAAUACUACAUAAGACUGAUCAAUAAAGAGACAUACUGUGCUGUGAAAUAGUUUGUGAAAAGUCUGUACCAUUUAAAAAAAAAACUAUUACUAUCCUAUAACUAUUUUGUGAUAGUAUUAAUCCUGUCUGAAAUGUGCUACUAAACUUGGCAUCAAUGUUGUAUUUAUUCCUAUUAUAGUUCUUAUAAUAAAUACAAUGUUCUGGUA